AGGAUCACUGAUACUUUGACAGCUGGACAACUUUCUAAACAAAGCUUGUUCUUUAGAUAAUGUUAGAAAGGAUAAACAACAAAAUGAAUACAUCGGGUCUGGGUAAAUUUGUGGAUGGCUCGCUUUCACUGGAUGUUAGCCUUUAAAGUUAUAGGGGUAAAUAAGUGAAGUGUAUAGCGUGUUAGCCACCUAGCUUUAAGGUAAAGACAAGAGAGAAUGUGGCUGGCUGUGAAGCUAACUGGCCAGACAGCUGGCUAGCGACCACCGCGACAUGACACGCAGAAGCUGCUGUUCAGUCUGCGCUUUCUUCCUCGUCGUGUCCAGUUUGUCAUUGUUGACGGCAGUAGGUUUUGAAUUUUGUGAAAACGGCGGCGAUUGCUUCGACAGUAACAGCCAGUUGCUUUCCAGUUUCAAGAGAAGUAACUAUGCUGGGGCCGGGAGGAAACUUGUCUCCAGUUUGGACUCCUUCACUUUGUCAUGCAGGAAAUUAAUAGACGCUUUCCCGCUGGAUGAAGUACGAGACAAUUUUGUCCGCGGUGUGAAAAACUGCAUAUUCUCAGUGUCUGAGCCAACCCCUCUCAAAGGCCGCCUGAGGGUUGCUGCAGUAUCUAAGGAGGUCUUGGAGGAGCUGUUGGACCUGAAUGUUUCUGUGUCACAGACAGCAGAUUUUGUUCAUUACUUCAGCGGUGGGAAACUGUGGCGUGGGUCAAUCCCCCUUGCACAUAGAUACGGAGGGCACCAGUUUGGCAUCUGGGCAGGACAGCUGGGAGAUGGAAGGGCUCAUUUGCUUGGUGAAUACACCAACAGGAACGGUGAGCGAUGGGAACUACAGCUGAAAGGCUCUGGAAAGACCCCAUAUUCACGGUCAGGAGAUGGGCGGGCCGUCCUGCGCUCCUCUGUCAGGGAAUUCCUGUGCAGCGAAGCCAUGCACUUCCUGGGCGUGCCCACCAGCCGAGCUGCCAGCAUUAUUUUAAGCGAGGAGCCUGUUUGGAGGGACCAGUUCUAUAAUGGGAAUGUGAAAAAGGAGAGAGGCGCCGUUGUCCUCCGCUUGGCCAAGUCAUGGUUCCGCAUCGGAUCACUGGAAAUCUUAUCCAAAGCUGGUGAGCUGGACCUGCUACGGAAGCUGUUAGACUAUGUCAUUGAGGAGCAUUUCCCUUCUGUAAAACCAAGUGAGCCAGACAAAUAUUUGGUUUUCUACGCAAAGGUUGUGGCUGAAACAGCUCAGCUUAUUUCACAAUGGAUGUCAGUUGGCUUUGCACAUGGAGUGUGCAACACGGAUAACUUCAGCUUGCUCUCAGUCACCAUUGAUUAUGGCCCCUUUGGAUUUAUGGAAUCCUACAACCCAAACUUCGUACCCAACACCUCAGACGAGGAGGGUAGGUACAGCAUAGGAAAUCAGGCCAACGUCGGCCUGUUCAACCUGGAGAAGCUGGGAGAGGCCCUGUGGCCCGUGCUGACCCCCCCGCAGCAGACCAUGGCUAUGCAACUGCUGAAAGAAUAUCCUCGGAUUUACCAUGCAAGGUUUCACGAGUUAUUUAAGGCAAAGCUGGGCUUGCUGGGAAGCCAAGAGAGUGACGGCUAUCUGAUUGCUUUUCUCCUGAAGCUGAUGGAGGACACGGGGGCGGACUUCACCAUGACCUUCAGGCACCUCAGUGAGAUCUCCGCCCGGCAGCUGCAGGACCUCGCGAUCCCACAGGAGAUGUGGGCCCUCCAAGAUCUCUCUGCCCACCAGUUCUUCUCCGAGUGGGUCAGCUUGUACCUGCAGAGGCUGAACAGGCAGGGAGAGGAUUCGGAUGCAGAGCGGCGGAGCAGGAUGAAAGGAGUCAAUCCGAGAUACGUCCUAAGGAACUGGAUGGCAGAAUCUGCAAUCGGGAAAGCAGAAAAGGAUGAUUUCUCUGAGGUGCAGCGGCUGCAGGAGGUUCUGCGACUCCCCUUCCAGGAGCAGGAGAGGGCAGAGGGGGUUGGGUACGCCGCCCGCCCCCCUCGCUGGGCGGACAGUCUCAGGGUCAGCUGCUCCUCCUGACGGCCCCCGGAGCAGCGGUGGACGGGGAGGGGGCAGGGCCAAGCGGGGACAGUGCUGUCCCAGCUUUUAAUUGGACGACAUCCUGCCGCAUCCUCUCCUUUCUAUAAAAACACACGUGGGCCAGUUUCACAGAUGUUGCAAGGCUGAAGUCCGUAGCUUGCUCUCCGUAGCCGUGUUUACUUCUGUCUGCAUGGAAGAUGGAAAUGGAUUUUAUAAAAAUAUACAUGCAUCCAAAGCUACAUGUAUAUGCAAAGCUGCAUGUAUAUGCUGCAAGCUUUGGAUAGAUGGCAAAAGUAGAAAAUGUCAAUCAAGGAAAAAAAAGACUCAUACACUGAUGUACAGCUCCCAAAAUAAGUGAUUUUAUUAACGUAAAGCAGGAGGGCAAAAGUUUGUUCUGUUCUUUGUCAGUGGGGGUUGCCUACUUUUUUGAGAAUGGAAGAAAAAGGCAUUUACAAAGUGCAGCCAUGUAAAACGUCUAUGCUGAAAUAAAUACAAAUACAGUGGCAGGAGACCGGAUAAUAAACCGUUCCAGCUGAUCAUGGUGCCCCUGCUUAGUUUCAAACCGCAAAUACUAGAGAGUCAGCCCUUUAGGGCCUCUUUGCUCUCGGGUAUACCGGUCGCUGACACACAUGAAGCACACAGUGAGGGGGUAAUUUUCGUAAAUGUUGACCCCACCAGACUGAGUGGGGAAAACUCUGAAUAAGCACCUUGUGUCUGGCUGGAGAUCAUCCUGGAGACGGAUGUGCCCCAGACACACAUCCUGUAACCGUGACCUCUGGUCUCGAGCUGCUGCAACCUUAGAAAGUACCUGGACCAGGCCUGGUCCUUCAUCCCUUCCAACAUAACAUUACAUUUUUACAUUAUUGGCAUUUAGCAGA